AACCCCCCAGCCACCCCUCCACGCCCACCUCCCAGUACCGCUGCCGUCCGCCGAGUGGAUGUGCGUCCCCUGCCGGCCUCACCUGCGCAGCCCUGCCCAUCACCGGACACUGCCGCCUCCAGUCCAGCCCGGCCCCCGGGUUUGCAGCGCUCUAAGUCAGACCUGAGUGAGCGCUUUUCGCGGGCAGCGGCCGACCUGGAGCGAUUUUUUAACUUCUGCGGCCUGGACCCAGAGGAGGCACGGGGGUUGGGUGUGGCCCACCUGGCACGAGCCAGCUCAGACAUAGUGUCUCUGGCGGGGCCCAGUGCUGGGCCAGGUAGCUCCGAGGGGGGCUGCUCCCACCGCAGCUCCGCCACUAUUGAGGAGCGGGCCCGGGAGCGCGUCCCCUAUGGCGUGUCCGUGAUUGAGCGCAAUGCCCGUGUGAUCAAGUGGCUGUACGGGUUGCGGCAAGCGCGGGAGACUCCAGCGGUGGAGGGAUAGGUCUCCACUGGACUCGCAUUCGGCACAGGACAGAGCUGAAAGAGGCAGCUGGCCCCUUGAGCUCUCCUUCACCCUUCUCUGGUUGGGGCAGACCGGAGACCACUGCCUUUGGUGAACUUGGCAUGGAGGCAAAGGCUCCGACGCUGGGCCAGCAUCCGUCUGGCAAGGACUGGCCCUGGAGAGAGUGACCUCUUGACUUGGAACACUCCCUCCUCCUCAACUGUCGGGAUUUUGCCAUCAGUGUCCCUCUGCUUGGUUCCUCUCAUGGGCUUGGGGCACUUAGCCCUCCCCCCUGAGCGAGGGGCCAGGGAUCCCUACCAGAUCUGUCUACCCCGGGGCUCUGUUUCUUUCUUCCUUCCUUGGCCUCUAUCCUUUGCUGACUUCCUCUUCCUUACUCAGUGGGCCCCGGUUCCCUGGGAAUUCACCCUAAGGUGGGGGCAGGGAAGAAUGGUCUAGCCACUGUUCUUCCCAGGCCUUGGCAGCCUGGCCUAGGUGGGUGGACUAUGGAAGGGACUGGUAGGAGCCCUCCUGGCUCUGGCUUUCCUCCCUUUGGUUAAUAAACACAAAUGCUUGCUUUUUCAA